AUGACUGAAUCAAAUACAGCGACCUCGCAUGCAUGGAAACGACAAGAACAAUGGGCUUCAUGUGUUCUUCAAUUUUCAUCUCAAUAUAAUGAUAGUACAUGGUCUGCGAAUCAAGUCAUUGGACCACCAAAAGUCUAUCCACGACAUGGCGAUAUAGUGGGUGCUUGGGCUCAAGGUAAUCGAGCACCGGAUGAAUUUAUUAUUGUUGGAUUUGAACGAGCUGUUUAUCCGGAACAAAUUGAUAUAUAUGAAACAUAUAAUCCUGGUGCUGUUAUUCGAGUAUCUGCACGUAAUGGUAUGUAGAAAAUUCUUUGAAAUCGGUAGUAUCCGAUUGAAUAUAUAUCUCUUGCCGAAGUUACACUCUUUGCCAAAGUUGUAACUUUGGCAAAAAUUUUGUCGAAGUUGUUAACAACUUCGACAAAAUUUUUGCCAAAGUUACAACUUUGGCAAAGAGUGUAACUUCGGCAAGAGAUAUAUAUUCAAUCGGAUACUACCGAUUUCAAAGAAUUUUCUACAUACCAUUACGUGCAGAUACUCGAAUAACAGCACCAGGAUUAUAUGUUUCAUAUAUAUCAAUUUGUUCCGGAUAAACAGCUCGUUCAAAUCCAACAAUAAUAAAUUCAUCCGGUGCUCGAUUACCUUGAGCCCAAGCACCCACUAUAUCGCCUAUUUAUUUAAAUU